CGGUUUUGCAACAAACAGAGCAGGUAACCCCGCGACGAUUUCCAGGUAGGAGCAUUUGCGAAGCAGAAUGAACGAACAUACAGGACGUUGUUUCGUGUUUUAAUUUGGCGUCAUUUAACGUCAGACCUUUGGACUAGAAGCUUCUUAUCGCUGCAGGUGUCCCGCUGGAGAAGAGCGGCGAGGUCACACACACACAAACACGCACUCCCAGCUGAACUACACGCUCCGCGAUCAGAGUAGCAAUGAGAGGAGAGACCACACCUCCGAGCGGAGGGCAAAAGUCCGGACUGAACGAGCAGUGCACCUGCAACGCCAUUCGCAAUGACAACCUGAUAUGGUCGGGAUUACUGUGCGACACUUACAUUAAACUUGAUAUCUCUUUCAGCUGAGCGCGUUUCUCCUCUCAGACGGAUUGGCUGUAUUUUUCUUGCUGUGUGUAUUUGUGGUUGAUGUGGUUCGGGAUGGUGUGCUGCCUGCCAGCGCAUCACAGCGGUGAGCUGCAGUGAGGGUUUGGAAUGAAAGAGUGUUCUUUAGAGGAAAGUGUGCUGAUGGAAGGAGAGGAUGUAAUGACACCACUGAGUCUAGAAGUGAAAUGAUGGAAUAAGAUAGUGACCUGUCUCUUCCUGGCCAAGAGAAGGACUCAGAGACUUGCUCCAUUGUUUUUGUCUAGCAACCAGGCAGAGAAGAGUAUGCUAGACAAGGCAUCAGCUGUUGUAUGGUGACCGGAGACAAGACAAGAGCCUGCUUUAUGAAUGCUGCUUUUUCAGAUACAUCAGAGACCUGCAGUCAGAGAUACAACAGCGUACCGCUUGACUAGAGAAUGAAUGGCGCGCUUGGCCUGCCACAAUGCUCAGCAUUCACACCUGUCGGGAAAGAUGCCGCUUGUUCUAAAUCUACAAGAAAACCACCAAGCUUCAAUAGCCAACAGCAACAUGAUCCAAGAAAGAGGAGGAGGUACACAGUCGGAAUGCUCCUAAACCUGAACACCUCUGUCCUGGUUUGUGGAUCACUCACACACUGACAGCCAGGGACAUUUUGCCUAUGAAAUAACCUCAGAGAGACCUUGCAGGCAAACUGACUGUGGACUGUUUUUUAAAUUGAGGGCUAAGUUGGACGCCUGUCCAGCCCCAAGGCUGCUACACUGACACAUCAGCCAUUUAGAAGUUUUUUCUGUGCCAGGCUAAAGGAAUCUGACUACUAAUAAUUAUAAUUGCUUUAAAACUAAAAAUUACAUCUUGCACACUGUCUGCUCCGCCUGGUUGUAUUCAGGCAGGCAGUCCUAUAAAUACAUUUUGGAGUCUGGACUGCAGUGACAUUACAAAACUAAAGAGAACAACUUCUCAAGGAGCCUUUGCGAAUCAAAACCAAAAGUCAGUAUAUUUUUAGAAAUUACUUUUAAGUAUAAGCUAAGGUGAAGGACACUAAUAAUAAGCUCAAAAAGCCCCAACCCUGAGGUGAAUAUAGAAUAUUUCCUUGCUAUUCUUUCUUUGGAAAUAACUGAGAGUAAACACACCAGUGAAUGAUAAACAACUCAUCUGCCACAUGGAGAAACACUUUCAUCUCAGACACUUUCUAGCUCUUUAGGGAACUCUAACCAGGUGUCCUUUCACAGCUGGGACCUGUCUUGAGCACCAUUAGCAGCGAACAUCAUGUCAGAGCUGGAGGACUAUUCCCCUCCUCGGGGCCACCUUCAUCCUGACCCAGCUCGCAUCCAGCAGAACCUCCUGGAGGAACAAGUGGAGCUCUGGUGGUUCAGCGAGCCUCGCAAAUCCCUAUUAUGCUACUGCGCUUCAGUGGCCUUGAUCUUAGGCUGCGGCCUGGGUGGCGUAGGCCUCCUUUCCACCACCACCAGCCUUUCCAGCGAAUGGCGACUGGGCGCCGGAACUGCUCUUUGCCUUCUCGCUCUGGCCGUCCUCCUCAAGCAGCUGCUGAGUUCCGCCGUCCAGGACAUGAACUGCGUGCGUAGCAGGCGCCGGAUCAACAUGCUAAAAAGCGGCGGUCUAUCUGACGUCCUGAUUAUGUUGAUCACGGGAAUCUCUCUGCUCAUUUGUGGAGCUGUCCUAUUAGAUGUGGCCCUGUCCUACCACAUGCCUAAACCUGGGAAGGCACUGAAUGACAUGUAUAUAUCCGGGAUGGUGAUGCUGGUGGGUGGGAGUUUUACAGUGUUAGCGGUCGGGAUUUACGCCGCAGUCGUUUUCCUCGUAGAGAGGUCGGGACCGGGACAGAGACGGUGGGAGAGGACAGUGGGGAUCUUCAGCAUUUCAGGCCAGAUGCAGGCAAGGAGAGAAACAGCUUCAAGUCUGGCUCAUCUGAUAUAACUGUGACUACAUAAUAAAUAUGCUGAACAGAAGAUGAAAAACAACACCCUGAUACUUUGCACUCUUUAAACUAGGCACAUCACAUGUGACAUUUACAAUUGCAUUUUGAUUCUCAUUUUGGCUCAAGAAACCAGGUAUUAAACAUUGAGGAUUUAAGCACAAAUAUUUAGCUUUCAAGUACAGUUAAAAGUACUGAAAAAGCACAAAAGCAAUUUUGUUUGAUCUUUAAGUGAUUUUUGGUAAAAUAUGCUGCUUUAUCUCCAACGCUAGUGGACAGCAACAAUACGUGCAUGUCCUUGACUGCUUUAUUUAUGUGGGAAACGGUGAGCAUACCGAGAGGUCGUCCAUCUUGGGAUGUCUUCAGCUUUUCAGCGACUUUGAUGUGUGAGCAAAUCGACUACUACAACUUGUGCAGGCAAUGCUAUGGAUCAAAUAAAGGAUCAGAAUGUCAAUCUGCAGAUGUGAACAUGAUCUGAUUUUAUUGGUGUGUGUGUUUUUUUGUAAAUGUUUCUAAUGAAAAGAGUGAUAUUUUUCUUUGUAGAAACACCGUGAAGUUGAUCUGGUAUAUAUGCUGGUAUUUUGUUGUGGAGAGCUUAUGAAAACAUUCAGAAACAGAUGGAGAUAAACAGAUGGCAGGUUGUAGCCAUUUAGUGGAAAUCAAAUUUCAAUUUGUAUGCAUAAUAAACAAACAUACAGGCUCUGCCUUGACAAGUUUGGAGAAAUUACUUUGGAAAAGCAAGCUGCAACAUAAAAUGGUGGACACAAUAAAUAUGUGAACGUGAGUACAUUUCAUAGCCGAAUAUUAAACCAAGUGGCAUUUGAAAACAUCUCAAUCAGACUUUUCACACAAACCAUUUAGCAAAAAUAUGUCCAUAGUAAAUGAAGUGCGCUACACCUGGGUUGAACUUAAAGGGAUAGUUCACCCACCCCCCCAAAAAAAAAAUUCUGUCAUUAAUUACUCAUCCUCAUGUCGUUCCAAACCCCCAAGACCUCUGUUUAUCUUCAGAACACAAAUUAAGAUAUUUUUGAUGAAAUCCAAAAGCUUUCUGACCCUGCAUAGACAGCAAUGCAACUGACAGACUCAACGCCCAGAAAGGUAGUAAGGACAUCAUU